UUUUAAUUAAAGAUGACUUAUCCUUAAUAGUAUGAUGACUUGGUCUUUUCUUGUAAACUCACUCAUUUUGUAUAAAGCAAUUAAGAUUGAGCAAAGGAAAAUAAUAAAUCUCUCUCUCUCUCAACUCUAGUUUUCCUACAUAAAGAGUUAGUUAGCUCCAAACCAAAAUGACAUGACAAAUAAUCAGCUAACAAAUAUAGGAAAAAAGAAAGAAAGAGAAAGCAGAACAUGCAGAGAGCAUGCAUCUCCGAGAGUCAGCCAUGGCAUCUCCAUGUCGUAUGCUUCAUAGGCUUUCUCUCUCUCCUUAGAUUACUAUUCAUUCCUCUCCUAAAAUGGUUCAUCAUCAGAUUCCUCCUCACAAACCCCAAGCGGCUCAAGCGGUACGGCUCAUGGGCUAUGGUCACUGGAGCCACCGAGGGGAUCGGACGCGCCUUUGCUUACGAGCUGGCCAAACACGGCCUUAACCUCAUCCUAGUCAGCAGAAACCUUUCGAAGCUCGAAUAUGUCUCUGAUGAUUUCCAACAAGAGUUUCCCCACAUCAAGAUCAAGAUCAUUCCAUUUGACUUCUCCUCUGUUGAAAAAAAAUGUGUAGAAGGAGGAUAUGGAGCAAUCGAGGAAGGGAUUAAAGGCCUUGAAGUUGGGAUUCUAAUAAACAACGUUGGUAUCACUUAUCCACGGGCCAUGUUCUUCCACGAGGUUGACCAACUUACAUGGACCAAAAUCCUGAGGGUUAAUCUUGAAGCCACCACUUGGGUCACACGAUCACUCAUCGGACCAAUGCUUCACCGCCGCCGAGGAGCCAUCGUAAAUAUUAGCUCCGGUGCUGCCGUUGUUGUCCCUUCUCAUCCUCUCUACGCCAUUUACGCCGCCACCAAAGCUUAUGUUGAUGCACUAUCAAGAUCUCUACAUGUGGAAUAUAAGCAGUUUGGUAUUGAUGUCCAGUGUCAGGUACCCUUAUACGUAGCAACAAGGAUGGUGUCAGAAGUGGCAGCUAUAGAUAAACCAAGCUUAUUUGUACCGUCGCCUGAAGUCUACGCAAAAGCGGCGGUGGAGCAGAUCGGAAUUGGAUCACGUUGCUCGCCGUUUUGGGCUCAUUCCCUUCAGUGGUUUCUUGUCGGACUUGUGCCGGAUAACCUCGUUGAUACUUGGCGUCUCUCUAUCGGACUUCGCAGAAGAAGUUAAUUAUCUUAAAAUGCUUAUGAUCAUAUUUCAAGUUUUUAUUUGCAUAUAGGAUAUAGCAAGUGGCUCCUCCACCUUUCGUGGGAUAAAUAUAUGGCCCAUUGGGCCUGAACAAUUUUCCCAUUUAAUAAUAUUUCGAUGUACGUGACAUAAAAAACAAACAAAUAAAUUUAAGCACGAACAAAAUUCAAGA